AUGUAUGGCUUAACGCAAUCAAACCGGUCUUCAGAAGAAGGGAUUGAUGGAAAUUUGGAGUUCAGUGAAACCCCCAGUAAGAUAAAACUUCAAAAAUUGUCAAGUAAACUUAUAAGCUACCAAACUGGAAUUGAGUCAGAAAAACAAGCGCAAGUUGAAUCAUUCAAAUAUCGAAUGAAGCAGCUGGAAGAGAAAAUUUCGAAGAUCGAACUUGCUGAUGAAUCUAAGUUUUCAGUAAUUUUUACUUACUUUGAUUAUCAAUUAAAUAAAUAAUUAUUUGACUCUAAUAAUGGACGGUCUCUUAGGAGGCAAAAGUAAUUUAUAAUUUUAAAUUCUAAAUAUUUAAUUUAAAACAAAGAUUUAGGUACUCAAAGACCAACUUAGCAAAGCUCAAGAAAACCUCUCAACUGAGCAUUUAGCAUUAGAAAUCUUAGACGAGCGCAAAGUCAAAGAACUUAAGUUAUGUGAAAACAACAUCCAUAUCAACAUCUCACUUGAGCGGCAAGGCAGAAAAGAGCAAGAAGUAAAAAUAAUUAAAAAUAUCGACGACAAAUUUUUUGGAAUCAAAAUCGAAGUAUCAAAAGAACGAAAAAUCAGAGAAGACACAGAAGAAGAAAAAAAUGUGGAGUUUGGAGAACAGCUUGACUCCCUACAAGAGCAACUAGAAAACGAAAUGAGAACUAGAGAAGAUGGCUAUGAUAAAAUCAUAAAAACUAUUGGAAGCGAGCUUCAAAGAUGCUAUGGCUCAUUAGAAUCUGAUAGAAAGAAGAGAGAAGAAGAGCAUGCCAUGUAUGCUAAGUUUAUUGAUGAGAUGAAAAUGAGGGUCCAAACUGAAAUAAAUUUAGAAAGAAAGGAAAGAGAAGCAACAGAAGAAACCUUAAUCAGACUAUUAGAAGAGACCUGCCAAAAAGUAGAAACUGGCAUAGGACCAAAACAAUAUUUCUAA